GCGGCGGCAGCAGGAGACGGAGCGAGCCCGGCGGCCACGGGCAGACCCGGAGGGAACGGAGGAAGCGGUCAUGUCUCGCUACACGAGGCCCCCCAACACCUCCCUGUUCGUCAGGAACGUCGCGGACGCCACCAGAAAAUCUAAAGCAGUCCACAGUAGCUGGCAAGCGCCCCUCAGUUUGAACCAACCUGUUAGCUAGAAUCCAAGCAUAAACCGAGCAGGCGAGACAAAAGGCACCUAAAGUUCAAGCAUCAAGGAGUAAAGAGGGAGGGUGGACACAGAUAUAAAGACCUGGAAGAGGGGAAGUCUUUAUCAAGCAAAAGACAAAGCCAACACCAGGUUGAGACUUCGGCUUUCCUACAUUUACUCAGAGUUCCAGAAUCAAAGCCAAGUCUGAUGUUGUUGGUUCUGCGUCUCUUAUAAAGUCCAUCUUGCAAGCCCUAAAGAAUAAAGGUCAAGGUUCAAGAUCAAGUGACAUUGAGUGUCCUUAACAGCUAGUCAUAUUUGAAGAUGUUCGUGAUGCAGAAGAUGCUCUUUAUAACCUCAAUAGAAAGUGGGUAUGUGGCCGUCAGAUUGAAAUACAGUUUGCACAAGGUGAUCGCAAAACACCAGGCCAAAUGAAAUCAAAAGAACGUCACCCUUGUUCUCCAAGUGAUCACAGGAGAUCAAGAAGCCCCAGCCAAAGGAGAACUCGAAGUAGGAGUUCUUCAUGGGGAAGAAAUAGGCGGCGGUCUGAUAGCCUUAAAGAGUCCCGACACAGGCGAUUUUCUUACAGCCAGUCUAAAUCUCGCUCCAAAUCACUACCAAGGCGAUCUACCUCAGCAAGGCAGUCAAGAACCCCAAGAAGGAAUUCUGGUUCUAGAGGACGGUCACGGUCCAAGUCCUUGCAAAAAAGGUCCAAGUCGAUAGGAAAAUCACAAUCAAGCUCACCUCAAAAGCAGACUAGCUCAGGAACAAAAUCAAGAUCACAUGGAAGACAUUCUGACUCCAUAGCAAGAUCCCCAUGUAAAUCUCCCAAAGGGUAUACCAAUUCUGAAACUAAAGCACAAACAGCAAAACACUCUCAUUUUCGAUCGCAUUCCAGAUCUCGGAGUUACCGUCAUAAAAACAGUUGGUGAACAGCGACAGAAGAGUGCUACGUAGUAUUUAAUAUGUUAUUAAACCUCUCGUUAUGUUAAAUAAAAAUUCUUCAAGGCUUACAGAAAAA